AUGGCGGUAGAUGUCGAAGAGGGGGCAGAGGAGGGCGGGUUUGAGGACAGCAACGCGGCUGGUCGGAGUGGAUGGUUCGAUAUGGCUUCUGCGAGUAGUUCGGAGUUUAGAGAUGGUUCAAAGGGGAUGUUCCGGUUGCGGAGGCCAGAGACGAGAGCAUUGCGGCUGCGGUUUCGAGAUGGUUGGAGAGGAGGAAAGGAAGGGAUCUUGAGAGUGGACGCCAGUCUCAAUUCACGGCAUAGAGGCCGUUACCCUUCCUGCCUCGAGCUGGUAAUAUGGUUCCUUUGUAGAUGGGAAGAGGCCCUCGAGUUCAACGUCGUCGGAUAUGUCACUCGUCGAUAUCAACAUAGCGAAACACUCAAAGGCGAACAAACCUAUCUACCGUUCCAAAGCAAUCGAGAUUUAUCUUUAAUUGAGAUGUUGAAGGAGAAGAAAAUAAAUCGUCAAAUUAAUGCAAAAAAAGAUAAAGCGCAAUCUUAA